AAAUACCUAACUUAACCUUUAAUCACCGAGUGCAUGAAUGUCCUCGAAAUUUCUUCGAAUCAUUGUGCUUUUCUUAAUAAUUUUAAUUGUGUUAUUGCAAACUGCAGAUAAAUGACACAUGUUGGAAAAAUGAGUUCGAUAUAUAAUUAUUCUGGAUUUUUACAAUUAGGAAAGCAAUGCUCAAAGUUUUCAACUUCGAGUUUAUGUUCCAUGUCUGUAGCGGCACAGCCAAAAAUCCAAGAAAAUAUAAAACCAAAAACUGGUAUAUUAAUGUUGAAUAUGGGUGGUCCAUCAACCACAGACAAAGUAGGAGAAUAUUUGCAUAGAAUUAUGACAGAUCGUGACAUGAUUCAGCUUCCAGUUCAAAGUCGUUUAGGACCGUGGAUUGCCCAACGACGUACCCAGGAGGUUCAGAAAAAGUAUACAGAAAUAGGUGGUGGCUCACCCAUUCUUAAAUGGACUAAUAAACAAGGUGAACUACUUGCCAAAAAAUUAGAUGAAAUAUCACCAGAAUCUGGUCCCCACAAACACUAUGUCGCCUUUAGAUAUGCCGAUCCACUAACCGAAGAAACAUUACAAAAAAUAGAAGAGGACGGAGUGCAACAUACAAUCCUAUUUUCUCAGUAUCCACAAUAUAGUUGUGCCACAUCUGGAUCAAGUUUUAAUGCCAUUCACCGAUUUUAUAAAAAUAGAAAAUUUCCUGAAAACACAAAACUAAGUGUUAUUGAUCGAUGGGCUACGCAUCCACUCUUAAUCAAAACUUUUGCCGAACGUAUAAAAGAAGAAUUAAAUCAUUUUUCAGAGAAUGUCAGAGACGAAGUCAUUAUUUUAUUUUCAGCGCAUUCACUGCCUUUAAAGGCAGUAAAUAGAGGUGAUCCAUACCCAUCGGAAGUUGGUGCCACGGUUCAGCUCGUUAUGGAAGAAUUGAAAUUUUGCAACCCCUACAAUUUAGUAUGGCAGUCAAAGGUUGGACCAUUGCCGUGGCUGGGACCAUUCACUGAUGAAGCAUUAAGAGAUUACAAAAAACAGGGAAAGAACAAUUUCAUAUUAGUCCCUAUUGCUUUUGUUAACGAGCACAUUGAAACUCUUCAUGAAAUGGACAUUGAAUAUUGCACUGAUUUAGGAAAAGAGUUGAAAAUCGAUAAUAUACGAAGAGCUCAGGCCCCCAACGAUCAUCCACUUUUUAUCGAAGCACUUGCUGAUCUCGUGGUCAAUCAUCUCAAGUCCGACAGACUCGUAACACCCAAGUUUCUCAAUAGAUGUCCACACUGUGUUAAUAUGAAUUGCGUCGAGAGUAAAAAGUGGUUUUCAAAGAUAUGUCGGGCGCAAGAGGGACAGCAGAGGGAUUAAGAUUAAGGGAUUAAAUCGCACAUUUAGCAUUUAUACAAAUUUACAUUAAAAUGUGUAUAUAACUUUU